AUGCAUGUCCGGCAAUGGGCAAAGCUACUCACUCUGCCUGUGUGGCUGCAACCGGCCUACGGCAAUCCAGCAGCAAGCAACGAAGACGAUCGACCGUAUGAGAGCGAUGCCGCGAACCAGCAGGAACCCCUCUUCGGGCUGUGCCCAGAUUACACAAGCUACGCGCGGCAUAUCCAUAAACCUCUCAGCAAGGGACCUCUACAACUGCCGUACCAGAGACCGCAUCCGAAUUGUCGCAAGUUCUCCUCCCCCGCGGUGGAACAUGUGAUAGACGACCUCUAUCCGCGUAUAAAAGACGCGGACCUGGCGCAGAUGUUUCAGAAUGCCUUUCCCAAUACUCUCGACACGACGGUGUUAUGGCACGUAGACGGAGACAAGACGCACGCCCCAAAGUCAAGGCUGCUACGAGACAAGGACAAAUGGAAAGCGGCACAAUCAUUCAUCGUCACCGGCGACAUCAAUGCCGAAUGGCUACGCGACUCGACAAACCAACUCGCCCAAUAUCAACUCCUCGCCAAAUCCGCCCCAGACAUCUCCAGCCUCAUCCUCGGCGCGAUCAACACGCAAGCCGAGUUCGUCAUCUCCUCUCCCUACUGCAAUGCGUUCCAGCCACCAGACCCGUCGCGCCUCUCGCCAGUCCACUCCGGCCAGGACGACAUCGUCCACCCGGCGUAUGAACCCAGCGUCGUGUUUGAAUGUAAAUACGAGCUCGACAGUCUGGCGGCCUUCCUGCGUCUGACAAACGAGUACCAUUCUGCCACUGGCUCCACGGCGUUCCUGACGACGAGGUGGUUCAAAGCACUGGAAUCUCUCCUGGAAGUCCUGGACGCGCAGGCGAGGCCCACGUUCAACCCAGACUCGGGCUGGUACGAACGCAACGAGUACACGUUUUCCCGCACCACGCGCAUCGGCACCGAGACUCUUAACCUGGAAGGGACGGGCAACCCCUUAGGCCCCGGAACCGGUCUGAUCCGCUCGGCAUUCCGCCCCAGCGACGACGCGACCAUCUUCGGCUUCCUCAUCCCAGCGAACGCAAUGAUGAGCGUGGAACUUUCCCGCGCAGCCGCCAUGCUGAAGUCCGCCAGUUCCGCGGCAUCGAGCGAACGACAAGCGAACCAACUCCUUCAACUCGCCCAGGAUCUCUCGCAGAGGGCGAACGUCAUCAGAGAUGGUAUCUACAAGCACGCGGUCGUCACGCACCCGGAGUUCGGCCAAGUCUUCGCCUACGAGGUCGACGGAUACGGCUCGCAUUUACUGAUCGACGACGCGAACAUCCCCUCUCUGCUAUCUCUUCCACUUCUCGGCUUUGUCGACGCCGCGGAUGAAAUCUACCAGAAUACGCGCCGCAUGAUCCUCUCGCCACGCGGCAAUCCGUAUUUCCUCUCUGGCGCCAAGUUCAGCGGCAUAGGCGGCCCGCAUAUCGGCCUGCGGAACGCGUGGCCCAUGUCCGUGCUCGUUCAGGCCAUGACGUCGACCUCGGACGUCGAAAUCCUGGAAUGUCUGGAGCGGGUGAAGAAUGUCAGCGUGUUCGGCCUGCUCAACGAGUCCGUGGACGUGAAUAGAGGCGUCAGGACGAGUGGCGGUGGAGAGGGCAUGACGCGGAGUUGGUUCGCGUGGGCGAACAGCGUCUUCGCGCAGACUGUGCUGUGGUUGGCGGAGAAGAAGCCUCGAUUGAUUCUCAAGGACGAGGCCGAUGGGAGCAGCACGAGAGGGUACAGGGUUGGGGUCGGCUGGGUCGAGUAUUCUGUGUGA